CUCCCCUGACGUCACAUUCAGUAAGAACAAUCGAGCAUCACAGCGGAGCACAUCCUGCGCAGGAACUCGGACAUUUACAGAGCAGAGAUGUUCCGUAACCAAUACGACAACGAUGUGACAGUAUGGAGCCCUCAGGGUCGCAUCCAUCAGAUCGAAUAUGCCAUGGAGGCAGUUAAACAAGGCUCUGCAACUGUAGGACUGAAAUCCAGAACACACGCUGUCCUUGUUGCACUGAAGAGAGCCCAGUCUGAACUGGCUGCCCACCAGAAGAAGAUCCUACAUGUUGACAACCACAUUGGCAUCUCCAUCGCCGGACUGACCGCCGACGCCAGGCUGCUCUGUAACUUUAUGCGUCAGGAGUGUUUGGACUCGAGGUUCGUCUUUGACAGACCACUUCCCAUCUCGCGUCUCGUCUCACUUGUUGGCAGCAAAACCCAGAUUCCCACACAGCGGUACGGAAGGAGGCCUUAUGGAGUCGGGCUCCUCAUUGCCGGCUACGAUGACAUGGGACCUCACAUCUUUCAGACUUGCCCCUCGGCGAACUACUUUGACUGCAAAGCCAUGUCCAUCGGAGCACGCUCCCAGUCUGCACGUACCUAUUUGGAGCGGACCAUGGACAAGUUCCAAGACUGUAACCUGAAUGAACUGGUUCAGCACGGCCUCCGUGCUCUUAGAGAAACACUUCCCACUGAGCAGGACCUCACCACCAAGAAUGUUUCCAUCGGCAUUGUGGGGAAGGACAUGGAGUUCACCAUUUAUGACGACGACGACGUCGCUCCCUUCCUGGAGGGGUUGGAGGAAAGGCCGCAGAGAAAGGUGGCCCAGUCUGCAGAGGAACCUGCUGCUGGACAGGCGUCCGACGAGCCGAUGGAGCACUGAGGACCAACCUGACACUUCAUGCAAAUCAACGGAGCAAAUCUGUAGAGGAGAAGGCUGUUGUGUUGUGCCUCUCACUAAACUGUUCAUCCAAAUUAGACCUUGCCUACAUCAACCCAUGUAACGUUUCUUUUCUAUGGGUAGAAUAUGCCAUUAUAGUAAUAAACAUAAUUUUUUGGAAA